ACACGUGUACUCACUGCUGUGGAUGGAACACUGACGGAAAUAGGAAGCAGAGUCUGUUCUGGAGAAACAUGCCGGCUGUACCGCUGCUGGUGAACCUGGCCGGCUCGGUGCUGGGUGGCCUGGCCACCGCCUUGCUCAUCCCGGCUUUCAAGGAGCAUUUCAUUGCAGCCAGGCUUUAUGGGAUCGACAUGAACAAGUCUAGCAAGGAGCCAGUUCCGGAGUCUCAGGGAGUGAUAAGCGGAGCGGUAUUCCUUCUCAUCCUCUUCUUCUUCAUUCCGGUCCCGUUUCUGAGCUGUUUCAUGGAGGAGAAGUGUCAGGAGUUCCCACAUCAUGAGUUUGUCUCCCUCAUUGGCUCAUUACUUGCCAUCUGCUGUAUGAUCUUUCUCGGUUUUGCCGAUGAUGUUCUGAACCUCCGCUGGCGACAUAAAUUGCUGUUGCCUACGGCAGCUUCCCUUCCGCUGCUCAUGGUUUACUUCACAACGUUUGGCAAUACGACCAUUGUAGUGCCUAAGCCAUUCCGGCCACUUCUGGGGCUUCAUGUGGAUCUGGGCAUCCUGUACUAUGUAUAUAUGGGGAUGCUGGCUGUCUUCUGUACCAAUGCCAUUAACAUUCUAGCAGGAAUCAAUGGACUGGAGGCUGGUCAGUCUUUGAUCAUAGCAGGUUCUAUAAUAAUCUUCAACACUGCAGAAUUGAAUGGUGACUGCAGAGAUGAUCAUCUGUUUUCCUUGUACUUUAUUAUUCCAUUCUUCUUCACCACCCUGGGAUUGCUGUACCAUAACUGGUACCCAUCCAGUGUCUUUGUUGGUGAUACCUUUUGCUACUUUGCGGGAAUGACGUUUGCUGUGGUUGGCAUCAUUGGGCACUUCAGCAAAACCAUGCUGCUGUUCUUCAUCCCGCAAAUUUUGAACUUCCUAUAUUCCCUGCCUCAGUUACUGCACAUAAUCCCAUGUCCACGCCAUCGGCUACCAAGGUUGGAUCCCCGUACUGGAAAACUGAACAUGAGUUACAGCAAAUUCAAAACGAAAGAUCUGUCAGAAAUUGGAGCUCUUGUUAUAAAGGUUACCGAAGCUCUUCACGUGGUUGAUGUCAGGCGACAGCAGGGUGAAGAAGGAGAAUUCAUGGAAAUAAGUAACAUGACUCUAAUAAACUUUGUGCUGAAGCUUAUUGGACCAACUAACGAGAGACACCUAACAAUACUUUUACUUGUGAUACAGGUCCUAGGAAGCUGCUGCGCCUUCCUGAUCCGAUACCAGUUGGUUCGCCUCUUCUAUGACGUGUGACCCGCAGCAUGUCCUGGACUUCAUUGGUUUUGCUGUGAAGUAUUUUUAUUAUGCCGUACAUCAUCGCAAAGACCUUGCGGCUGAUAUAAGGACAUUGGUAGGAAAUGGUGUGGCCAUCGUUUUGUCUCAGGAUCUCUCAUACUGAAAGAAAGGCGAGAUUUCUCUCUUUUCUACAAAUAUGCACUAAACUGUGAUAUUGUUGGCGCACCAGUGGUAGAUGGGGUACGGAUACAAAGACUUAUCUGUUUUGAAAGAAGUAAAACAGAUCAUUUGUUUAAUUCUUAAAACGGAUGCAAAAUAUUUUAGACAUUUACAUGUUUGUCCUGUCUUAUGUCACCUGGUUUGUAUCACUGUCAGUGGGUUAAUUUGUUUUUAAUCGGGGGGACUCACAAAAAGCCAGAGUAUAUUUUAAACUAAAUCUAUGCCUAAAAUAUAUAUAUAUAUAUAUAUAUAUAUAUAUAUAUAUAUAUAUAUAUAUAUAUAUCCUGGUUUGCAGAUAUAAAAUAUGUUCCGUGUCAUAGCUACGUUCUAUUUGUUAUAAGUAACAGCUGCAGAUAGAAGGUGAUGAAAAUCUGUGUUCUGCCAUACAACAUUAAUGGACAUACAUACAGUAUAUACUUCAAGUCUCGACCCUUUGUGGUCAUUGGGAAUAUGUUACAAGUUACAGCACUGCAGCCUGUCUUUGGCAACUACUGUGAUGACAAACUGGAUAAUAUGGACUUUUAGGUGUUAACAAGGAAAAUUGAUAAAAUUCCAUGAUAAUGUUUCCAUCUGGUUGUCUUUAUGUAGAGGAGCUUUUGUGUUUUCAUGGCCAUCCAUUUGCAAUUACAGACUUAUAACAAUGCAUAAUCACUUUACUGUUUGCAUACAUCGGCGUAGAUAGGUACAAUGUUCUAUGCAUCUAUUUCCAUACAUAUGCUGACAUACACAUACUGUACGUACGUACGUACGUACGUACGUACGUACGUACUGUAGCGGUUGUAGAAAUGAGGACUCACUACAGGCACAUUCUUGGUGAAGCAAUGUCUUUUUAAUUAUAUAAUACACUGCACUUUAUAAUUUGCAGACAUAGGCCUGGACAAACAGGCACAUUAAAUAAACAGGUUAAAGUAAA